AUGUUUAGCAGAAUUGGUUCUAGAAGGGUUUUGUCUACAAACAGUAGACUUUUAAACACUAUCAAAACGGUGGAAGUGAAGGGAGGUACGGUUGUUCCACCACCUCCUCCUCCUCCUAAAAAACGUAGAUCCAUUUGGAAAACUACCAAGAGAGUUACGCUUUUUUCGGUCCUUGCUGCUGUCGGGGCUCUUUCUUAUAAGAUCUACACUGAAUCACAUCCAGGUGAGCAACAAAAGCAAGUCCCAUACUUUGAAAAUGGUCAAAAGAAGAAGACUCUUGUUUUAUUAGGAUCAGGAUGGGGUUCUAUUUCCUUGUUGAAGAAUUUGGAUACUACAUUGUACAAUGUUGUUGUAGUUUCUCCAAGAAACUAUUUCCUUUUCACUCCUUUAUUACCUUCUUGUCCUACCGGUACUGUUGAAUUGAGAUCUAUUAUUGAGCCAGUGAGAUCUAUUACUAGAAGAUCACCAGGUGAAGUUCUUUACUUGGAAGCCGAAGCCACUGACAUUGAUCCUGUUAACAACAAGAUCACUAUCAAGCAAUCGACUACUGUCCAUUCUGGUCAUUCUGGUAAGGAUACCAGUUCUUCGAAGUCUACUGUGUCUGAAUAUACUGGAAUUGAGGAUAUUACUACGUCCCUUAAUUAUGAUUAUUUAGUUGUUGGUGUUGGUGCUCAACCUUCUACUUUUGGUAUUCCUGGUGUUGCUGAACAUUCUACUUUCUUGAAAGAAGUGAGUGAUUCUAUGAGUAUUAGAAAGAGAUUGAUGGAUGUUAUUGAAGCUGCCAAUAUCUUGCCAAAGGGUGAUGAAGAAAGAAAGAGAUUGUUGUCUAUUGUUGUCUGCGGUGGUGGUCCAACUGGUGUUGAGGUUGCUGGUGAAUUGCAGGAUUAUAUUGAUCAAGAUUUGAAAAAAUGGAUGCCAGAAGUUGCUUCUGAAUUGAAGGUUAUUUUAGUCGAGGCAUUACCUAAUGUCUUGAAUAUGUUCAACAAAAAAUUAGUCGAAUAUACCAAGCAGGUUUUCCAAGAUACCAAUAUUGACUUGAAAACGAACACUAUGGUCAAAAAAGUUAGCGAUAAGCAUGUUGUUUGUCUGAUUAAAGAUCCAAAGGAUGGCUCUACUGAAAUCCAAGAGAUCCCUUAUGGUAUGUUGAUUUGGGCUACUGGUAAUGCUCCUAGAGCAAUUACCCAUAACUUGACAUCUAAAAUUGAUGAACAAAGAAACGCCAGAAGAGGUUUGUUGGUGGAUGAAAGAUUAUUGGUUGAUGGAUCUGAUAAUAUUUAUGCUUUGGGAGAUUGUACUUUUACUAAAUAUGCUCCAACUGCCCAGGUUGCCUUCCAAGAGGGUACUUUCUUAGCUAAGCAUUUUGAAAAGAUCCAUGAACUUGAAGCAAUUAAAUUCACCAUGCAGAAUCCAACUUCAACUGACAACGUUGAAAGAUUGAAGAAGAAAUUUUCUAUCUUACAAGAAAAAUUACCUGUCUUCGAAUAUGUUAACCAAGGUGCAUUAGCUUAUAUCGGUUCUGAAAAGGCUGUUGCUGACUUGGUCUGGGGUGAUUGGUCUAAUGUCACUACUGGUGGUACUUUAACUUUCUUAUUCUGGAGAUCUGCAUACGUCUACAUGUGUCUUUCUGUAAAGAACCAAGUCUUGGUCUGUUUGGAUUGGGUCAAAGUCUCAUUAUUUGGAAGAGAUUGCUCUAAAGAAUAA